UUCGUCGAGUCGUGGCUGUUAGCCGUAGCUGUAGCUGUAGCUGUAGCGAUGAUGAUGUCGCUAGUUUCGUACACUCUGUGCUGAACGUUCGUUGGCGGCGGUUCACACAUCGCGUUCCGCAGGUUUUUUCCCUUGAUUCCCGAGUGGUUCGAAAUAUCGUAUAUAUAUCGCGGCCAUACCCUACUCAUAGAGGCCUGGAUUUUUAGACCGGUGCAUGUGGAUAUAUCGGCGAGCACGCUUGUUUUUCGGUGACACUGGAUAUUCCGGUGACGUUGUUUUAAUUUUCUUUCCAUUUCGUGGCCUGGCGAAGCGUGAGCAACGCCAGCACCUCAACAUUUAAGAUUCGGGGCCAACAGCAAUUCCAUCCGCAGGUCGAGAUGCCGACCAUCCGGCGGUGCUGCAUCAUUGGUUGUCUGUCCAACUCGCGCCAGCAUCCCAGCAUGCAGUUCUUCGCCUUUCCACGACCGGAGAAUCCCUUCCACAAGCUGUGGAAGGAGGCGUGCCACGCCUCCUUGCGGAGGAUUGUGCCCUUCAAGAAGCCGGUGGUGUGUGCCCUGCACUUCGAUCCCAGUGUUUUGGGGGGCAGAAGGCUCCAGUCGAAUGCUCUGCCCACCCUGCGAUUGGAGGUGCCCUCCAACCUGGAGGCCGUGGAGCAACAAGCCAUGGUGGAGGAGAUCGAGAGGAGCAGGAAGUGCGCCUACAUCAAUGCGGUGGUCUACGAGUGGCUGGUCAGAGCAAACAUAAAUCCCCAGCUGCGAGGCAGCAUCACCCAUGGAAUGAUCAAGGACAAGGCGGAGAAUGCGAGGCAGGUCGUCGGCAGCACCUCCUUCAUCGCAGACAAUCGCUGGCUGAACCGUUUCCGGGAGACGCACCUACAGGGCUUUGCCCAGAAGCUGGCCAGCAAUCAGUUGAAGCCCCUAGGAUCCUCCCUGUGGAUCCCAGACAUUGUCCAAGACCUGGCCCACCUCUUUCCGCCCGCCAGUGCUGAACGAGUCGCGAAGCUGGAGGAGAUGCCCGAGCAGUACAUGACCUAUAUGCAGCAGUACGGGGAAUACGAAGAGGACGACGACAGUAUGGACGUCAAGGAGCAGAGCUACCAGGAGCAACAGCAACACCAGCAGCAGCAGCAGCAGCAACAAUUUGCCCUCCAGCAGCAGCACAUGGCACAGCAGAUGGGUCACCCCUGGCCACCAUUUCCCGGACAUCCUGGGCAUCCUCCUCCGCCACACCCAGGAUUCGCCAGCUUCAAUGACUUUUACUUCGAGCGGCAUCAGCAGCAAAUGCAGCAGCAACUCCAGCAGCAGCAGCAACAGCAGCAGAUGCAACAGCAGGCGCAAUUUCCACCCACCAUGCCACCGCAAAGGGAACCCUUUCAGCCCCAACUGCCGCCAAAUGUUCCUCCCCAGCGAGCCAGUCCCUUCCAGCCCGUUCAGUUGGCCAAGAGGCCCAAAAUGGAGUCACCCGAUGACGAUGAAGUGCAGGAGAUCAACUCGUCGGUCACCUCGCCACCGCUAGCCCUCGCAGAGUCCACUUUGACCGGCAAGGACAGCCGGAGUCCCAGUCCCAAGGAGCAGAAUAACAACAACAGCGGGGGAAGGGACAGUGCCAGCAGCAAGGAGAAUGCCCCAAAGGGAGGCGGACCGAGUGGCAAGUCUACGCCCGCACUUUCCGCCAAAGGAAAGGAUUCCCCAGCGCUAGCUCCGGCCAAACCAGCCUCUGCGCCCGCCUCGCCCAGGAAGAUCUCCAAUGGAGGAGCAGGCAGCAGUUCCUCUGGCAGCCAAUCCAAUGGCCACACAUCCCCCGAACCCGAGGACAAGAAAGCCUUGGCCAUGCUCAAAGAAUUGGACAGCUAUCACCAGGCCUUGGAGUACCUAAAACCUCUGGAGGACUUCGUGCUCUUCAAAGAGAACUUCCGGGCAAUCGGUCUGCUCUCCCAAUUGGAAUUGGUGCUCCGCAAAGGGGACAAGGCCACUCUGGUCGAGGGUUGAGUAGAAUAGUCGAGAUGGGUAAUCUCCAGGAGAAGCACAAAACACAAAUGUGAUGAACAGUGUACAUAUGUAUCAAGUAGUAUUAUUAAUUCGUACUACCACCAAACGAGUUGUUUAGGAUACGAAGAAUCUCUACUCGCAUAAAGCUCUGAACAUAAUUCAUUAAUUUAUUAAUUACUAUAAGAACAUUAAAAUGGAAU